AUGGCACCCAAGCGCCCAUCUCUUCUAGAUGAGCCUCCGACUGCUUCUUCUUUGGAAGAAGAGGAUAAAGAUAUGAUGGUAAAGCCGAUAUCUUCAAAGCCAAUGGAAGAGAAGCUCAAGACCAAGAAGCCCAUAUCGAAGGCCUCGACUACUACUAUGCCGAAGGCAAGAGCCGGGUCGAAGCGGCCAAGCGAGAGUGACCCCAAGGAUUCCAAGAGGCCCAAGAAGAAGAUCCCAGACCAGGAUUAG